UUCCUUCCCAUUAAAACCUCUCACUCUGUGAUCUGAAACCUCGAAACCCCAAGGAUGGCGUGUCAAGAACACGCUAUGUACGGUCUCCUUCCUGAAACCGACCCACCAAACCCUAAUCCAUCCACAGAAUACGAUUCUCUCCCUCUUCCCCCUCUCGAUUACGAUUACUUCUCCGACGAUCUCAACUUUCCAGCAGGUUUCGCAGCGAAUCUAGGGUUCGAUGGCGACCUUAGUGACAUCGAUUUCACCUUGGAUGAUUUUAUUUUAUCCCCUGAGAACGGAUUAUCUGUCACCGGAGAUCUUUCUGAUUCUCUUUCAUGGCAGAAUUCGAAAGCUACUGAUGGAUCGGGGGUUUCUUCCUUGUCUGGGGGAUUUGAUGUCGCUGGGAUUUUGAAUUCUCCGUCCCCAGAAACAGGUAGCUGCAAUCGAGGAUUUUCUUGUGCUGCUUCUUCUGAUGCAUCUGCUGGUUGUGGGUCGGGUUUUGAGGAGGAUAAGGGUUUGAAUUCGCUGUCGCCGGAUUCUGGUUGUUGCAAUGGAGGUCAGUCUGUGUGGGUUUCAUCGUCUCCUAAUUCAAGCAAUAACGCUUCUGACAUCUUUGUUGAUCAGAAGAUCAAAUCGGAGGGAGUUGCUAAUGGGUACAUGGCGAAGAGGAAGAAAGCGAAGGAAGAUUGCAACACUGACCCUAGGAGUUGUAAGUUCCGUAAGUCUGAGAAUACAAACUCUAUGUGCUCUAAUGGUUCAUUGAAUGAAGAAGAGGAGAAGAAAAAGGCGAGGCUGAUGAGGAACAGGGAAAGCGCACAGCUCUCUCGGCAGAGAAAGAAGCAUUACGUAGAGGAGCUUGAAGACAAGAUAAGAUCCAUGCAUUCUACAAUUACAGAGUUGAAUAAUAAGAUAUCCUAUUUCAUGGCUGAAAAUGCUAGCUUACGGCAACAAUUAAGCGGUGGAGGGAUAUGUCCACCACCUACCGGAAUUUAUCCACCGCCACCGAUUGCUCCCAUGGCUUAUGCUUGGCUUCCUUAUGCUUCUUACCCUGUGAAACCACAAGGGUCUCAAGUUCCAUUGGUUCCUAUUCCAAAACUGAAACCACAGCAAGUUACAACCAAGACAAAGAAAACUGAGAGUAAGAAAGUUGAGACCAAAACUAAGAAGGUUGCUAGUGUUAGUCUUCUGGGUGUGUUGUUUUUCAUGUUUCUGUUUGGAUUUUUGGUUCCUUUUGUAAACGAUAGAUAUGGAGUAAAUGAAGCAGCAGUAAACAGUGGAUUACAGUUUUCUAAUAAAGGGGUUUAUGGUAAUCAUCAAGGGAGGGUUUUAACGGUUAUUGGACGUGGUAACGAGUCUGAUCAUAAUGUAGGAGUAAGAUUGAGUACUGAGAAGUCAUUUCUUACUGGAGUUGACGGCCAAAGUAUGCGUUAUAAAAGAGACAGGUCUGAACGGGUAGAUUCAGAAGCAAAACAGAACAUAGGGGAAUCACACCAUUUGCCUCUGAGGAAUGCUAGUGAGCCUCUUAUUGCAUCACUCUAUGUUCCAAGAAAUGACAAGCUUGUGAAGAUCGAUGGAAACUUGAUAAUUCAAUCUGUUCUGGCAAGUGAGAAAGCCAUGAAAUCGUCUCAUGCUGCAAGUGAAUUGAAGGAUAAGGGAACUGCAUCUUCAGCUCGUGAAGCUAGAGUAACUGGUUUGGCAAUUGCUAGCAAGUUGCCUCCUGUGCUUGGUGUUUCUCAAGCUGGGAGGAAUGCUGAAAGACUUCCUAGCAUGUACAGGAAUCUAAAUGAUCGUCAGAGAGCUCUUGCUCCCAGUUCUGGAGAUACAGACAAGGACAAUUCAAAGUUAAGUACUGCUGAUGGAUCGCUGCAACAAUGGUUCCGUGAAGGCCUUGCAGGACCCAUAUUGAGUUCCGGCGUGUGCACUGAAGUCUUUCAGUUCAUUGAAUCUCCAGCUUCUGUCAAUGCGGCUGCUAUUGUUCCAGUAACUACAGUCACCAAUUCUACCACACACAAUCCUCCACAUUCUAGUAAGAGGAAGAACAGACGGAUACUCGAUCGUGCUUCUAUUCCUCUUGCUAGAUCUUCAGAAAACAAAACUGAAGAACAUUUCGGGGGAAACUCGAAUGGUGAAAACUUUCAAGGCAAUAAAUCUGUUUCUCCAUUGAUUGUUUCUGUGCUGGUUGAUCCUAGAGAUGCUGGUGAUGUUGAUGUUGAUGGAGUAAUCUCCUCAAAGUCCCUCUCUCGGAUUUUCGUCGUUGUUCUUCUGGACAGUGUCAAGUAUGUUACUUAUUCAUGUGUGCUUCCUCUCAAAGGGUCUGGUCCUCAUCUGGUAACUACUUGAAAGGAAUAAGGUUAUCUAUAUUAAAUUAAUCUUUUAGAUAGCUGCUACAGUUCGCUGUUUUGUUAUUAGCUUCAUGUUCUAAUAGUCCUCUGUAUUCAGUCCAGUGGCAUGGAUGAUGCAUAUGCGAUUUUUGC